AUGCCCGCGUACGAGAUCGAAGACCUCAAUUCUGAAGUGAAGCGCGUCCUCGCCGGCGACAGCGCCCACAGUGUCAGCGACAGCACCCCAAUUCCGUAUCGGACCCUUACGAAAUGGGUCGCGAAGGGGAAAAUGGGCGUCUUCCGCGCACCAGUUCGUCAUGGCCCGGCUCCGCUGCUCUCGCAACCAGCGGAGGCAUGGUUGGUCGAGUGGAUUGUCGGGCGCCAACUGGUCGGUCACCCCGCAAGUCGCAAGGAGAUCAUCUUCAAAGCCGGCACCAUGAGCUCCAUGGCCACUGGUCAAACGGUUGGUGGCGGGUGGUACCGCCGCUUCAUGGGGCGACACCCGAUGCUGGCAACCCGAACGUCUCAGGCGGCUGUGGUCGAGAAUCGUUUGGGCGCGUCUCGCGUGUUCAACAUGGACGAAACAGCGUUUCAGACCAACAAGGGCUCUAAGCGUAUCGUGGCGGUUCGAGGCUCCAAGAACGUUUGGCACCAAGACGUUGCGCUCAAUUUUCACCUCACGCUGGUCGCGUGUGGCAGCGCGUCGGGGUGCAUGGUGUCGCCGCUUUUCGUGCUGCCGGGGUUGACAGUCAAGCUCGAAGUUCUAGAUGGCUGCCCCAUACCCGGAGCUGCCGUCACCACCUCGAGCUCCGGGUUCAUGAAUGGAUUUCUCUUUCUUGAGUGGCUGCACUUUUUUUCGGCUAGCGUGCCCAAGGACGUGCAGCGACCUCUUCUCCUGAUUCUGGAUGGGCCUCGUAUGGACAUGUGCAUCGACAAUUUCCGGCGCAACGGGACCCCCGCAUCUACGAAGCUGGCAGCGUGGCUCCGGAUCAAGGAGGUCGUGCAGAAGGAGGUGCUCGUGCUACCGCUGUCCAAGAAGCGGGUGCGCAAGACAGCAACGGUCACCGGUCGUCUUUUGACCAAGGAAACACUGGAAGCGAUGGCACAACCGAUGAAGAAGCCCAAGAAGGCAGCCAAGACGAAGUAG